UUGGAGAAGUAAGAGGUGUAUCUGCUCUUAUCAAGGCACAAUCUCCCUGGAUCAUCUCUGUUUGGUGCCUUGCCCAUCGGUUGGAACUUGCUGUGAAAGAUGCAUUUAAAUCUACCUAUAUGGACACGAUUGUAGAAGUAAUAACUUUGAUUUAUUAUUUCUUCAGAGGGUCCUCUAAAAGAAAUAGAGAGGCUCAAGAGGUGGCAGAUAUUAUGAACGAACAUUUCCAAAAACCUGCAAAAGCAAACGGCACCAGAUGGGUUGAACAUAAGCUGCAAGCUGUAAGCAAAAUGCUGAAAAACUGGCCAGUCAUUGUAACUCACAUUGGUAAUUAUGCAGAAGAUAAUUCCAACAGAGAAGAUAGAGCAAAGGCUAGGGGCAUCCUUAAAAAGUUUGUGAAUUAUCUGUACUUCACAAAGGAUGUUCUCUCAGAAGUAAGCAGAGUCAGUUUACUUUUACAGAGAGAAGACAUUACAGUUUAAAGUGCAGUUACAAUUCUCCAAGCUGUCAAUGCUACACUAAAUGACAUGGUUCACAAUCCAGGAAUUCAGAUAGCAAAGUUUAUUACUGAUGUCAAUGGAACACAAUUUCAUGGAGAAACACUGCAUAAUCUAGUUGAUAUGCAUGCACUAAACAACCAAAAGAGGCAAAUAAUCAUCAGUGUCAUAGACUGCAUUCAAUCCAGAUUUGAGAAUCUGCACCAGAACCCCAUGCCAUGCCUUUGACCACAAAAACUGGCCAGAUAUGAAUGCUGGUGAUGCCUUAGUCCAUUUUGGAGUUGUUGAAAUUCAGAGAGUGGUGGAGCAGUUCAGACCACUUCUUGGAAAUUGUGACACAGAUGCUGCUUUAAGACAAUGGACUGACUUCAAGGCACAUGUUGGCAGAAAUCAACAUUUUGUAGGAGUCCACCCACUUGCAGUGUUCCAGAGAAUCUCUCUAGAAGACCAAGAAACUGAAAACUACCAGAACAUCAUGAAAAUAAUUCAUCUUGUAUCGUUGUUUCCUCUUUCAAAUGCUUCCUGUGAGAGGGGGUUUUCUACAAUGAAGAGAAUUAAAAGCGACUGGCGCUGUAGAUUAAAUAAUGAAACACUCAAUAUUUUGAUGAGGAUAGACAUGUGUAGUAAAAAGUUGGAAGACUGUGAACCAAGACCUGUGGUAAAUAGGUGGUGGAUACAUGUAAGUGGUAUGAGUGUCAAGAGACCCAAUAUUGCACCAUAUGGCCCACAUCAGUGAAACACAAGUUCAUGUUGGCAGUUAAAACACUUAACAAUCAAAUAAUUGUGUACUAUUGUUUGUGUACUACCAGAGUAGGUCCUGUAUUGUACUGUAGACUAGUAGUUGAUUACAAUAAAGCUUAUAAAAAGGAAUUUAAUCACUAUUUUAAUUUUAGCUCGUAAAUUUUAAUUUUAGCAUGUGGAUUUUAUAUGUACAGGCUGAAAUUAGCUUGUGGUUAAAAAAGUUAAUUUCGA